UGUAGUUUCUCGUGCAAUGCAAUGACCGAUGUGCAUCGCUGAACGCUGACUGCAACUCGAACGAACUCUAUCUUCGAAAUAAUCCCUUUUCUCCAUCUCUUUAAAGGAAUCGCUUCCGUCUGAAGACGACGCACGAGCCGUCUAUGAUUCGGUGAUAAUCUGAAUCAAAAUCAACGCCGUCCGUUCACCUGAAAGACUCCAGAUCUGGGAACACACUUGAAUUUAUCACCGUUGGUUUGCCUGAUCUGCUCGAUCGGAGAUGCCGGUGGCUGCUUCGGCCAUUUACUUCCUAAACCUCCGGGGCGAUGUCCUCAUCAACCGCCUCUAUCGCGACGAUGUCGGGGGAAAUAUGGUAGAUGCCUUCAGGACACACAUAAUGCAAACAAAAGAACUCGGUACAUGUCCUGUGCGGCAGAUUGGAGGUUGCUCUUUCUUUUACAUGAGAAUCAGCAAUGUCUACAUUGUGAUCGUUGUGAGCGGCAAUGCUAAUGUAGCCUGUGCAUUCAAGUUUGUUGUUGAGGCUGUUGCACUCUUCAAGUCUUAUUUCGGUGGGGCUUUUGAUGAAGACGCUAUCCGUAACAAUUUUGUGCUGAUAUAUGAGCUACUUGAUGAAAUUAUGGACUUUGGCUACCCUCAGAAUCUUUCUCCCGAAAUCUUGAAGCUUUACAUCACCCAGGAAGGAGUGCGCUCACCGUUUUCAUCCAAGCCUUCAGAUAGACCUGUCCCUAAUGCCACUUUACAAGUCACUGGUGCUGUUGGUUGGCGCAGAGAGGGCUUGGUCUAUAAAAAGAAUGAGGUCUUCCUGGAUAUUGUGGAGAGUGUUAAUCUUCUCAUGUCUUCAAAAGGUAGUGUUCUGCGAUGUGAUGUAACAGGAAAGCUACUUAUGAAGUGCUUUCUCUCUGGAAUGCCUGAUCUGAAGUUGGGUUUAAAUGAUAAAAUUGGGCUUGAGAAAGAGUCGCAGCUGAAAUCACGUCCUACUAAAAGUGGUAAGACCAUCGAGCUUGAUGAUGUUACUUUCCAUCAAUGUGUGAAUUUAACGAGGUUCAACUCUGAGAAGACUGUCAGUUUUGUUCCGCCAGAUGGUGAAUUUGAAUUAAUGAAGUAUCGUAUCACUGAGGGGGUCAAUCUUCCAUUUCGUGUGUUGCCAACAAUUAAGGAACUUGGUCGAACACGCAUGGAAGUAAAUGUUAAGGUAAAGAGUGUUUUUGGGGCAAAGAUGUUUGCACUUGGAGUUGUCAUCAAAAUUCCUGUACCAAAACAAACAGCGAAAACAAAUUUUCAAGUCACAUCAGGCCGAGCAAAGUACAAUGCUUCUAUUGAUUGCUUGGUUUGGAAGAUACGGAAAUUUCCUGGACAAACUGAACCAACCUUGAGUGCAGAAGUUGAGUUGAUCUCCACUAUGGCAGAAAAGAAGUCCUGGACAAGGCCGCCGAUUCAGAUGGAGUUCCAGGUUCCCAUGUUCACAGCAUCUGGUUUGCGAGUUCGUUUCCUGAAGGUAUGGGAGAAGAGUGGAUACAACACAGUUGAGUGGGUUCGUUAUAUUACUAAAGCAGGCUCAUAUGAGAUCAGGUGCUAGGAAUGUUGAGAUGUUGCCUUAACUCUACACAGAGUACUAGGGUGGUGGUGGGAACAAUCACUGAAUUAUAAUGGGCGACUUGUGGGAGCAUUCCCACAUAGAUUUUUGUCCUCUGAAGCAUAACAUGUAUAUGUCGCCCUCCGGCAAUCUUGCUCACAUAAUAUUUUUCUUGUAUUCUUGAAGCAUUCUUUUCUGAUCAUAGGGAAGUAUUUAAUACUAUUCUAGUUUGCAUUGUUUUGUAAAUGAGCUCAAAGUCCAUUUGUUGUUAUUCUGGCAGUUGUCUUGGGUUGUGAUGUUUGUAGUACGAGGGAAUGAGAACAUGAUAUUCUGUUUGGAAUGGAUACAUUUGAUAGUGGCAUGGAGAUGUCUAAAGCAGCAAGUGAUCAGUCAAAUGGACACAUUCGUUCAUUA